CCAAAUCAAUUAAUCGCCCCUUGGCACGGGUACGAAACAGCAUCAAUAUAUUUCCAGGUUGGGUCAUGGCGAUUCUUGUUAUAGUAAAUAAGUCAUAGUGUAAAAGUGCAUUUGAAAAACAUCCAUACAGAUCCAUCAGUUAACGAUGUUUCAGUCUCUGGCAUGGGGUGGCUUUUUCUCCUGAUGUACAAGUAAAUCCUUUAAGCUUCAGAGAGUGUCCAAGUGUCCCUUAACGAGCCCCUUUAAACAUUGAUUAAUUUCCCCACGAUGUUUCACCAAAGAUGUGGAGAUGGAAUAAGUCUGAUGAACAACAGUGCCACGGCUGUGCGAACUUUCUCAGUAUACGAAAAAGAAAGAAUUCACUCGGGUCAACCAUUGCGGAAUGACGAGCUCUUUGAAAUAAGAAUUGACAAGAAGGUGAGAUCGUGGAGUGGUACAGUGGAAAUUGGUGUGACCACGUGCGACCCAGACACUCUUGACGAUCCCCUCGGACAAUGUUGGAUGCUGACAGGCUCAGGGAUUCUCCGAAAUGGUCAUCCUUUGUCGGACUCGAUGUGCGAUACAAAUCUAGACGAGCUAGACGAAGGGAGUACCAUUGGUGUAAUGAGAACAUCCAACGAUGAACUUGUUUUUUAUAUAAAUGGAAUAUCCCAGGGUGUUUCAGCCACAAAUAUCCCCGCGUGUGUUUUCGCAGUGGUCGAUAUGUCCAAUGAUUGUGUCCAGAUAACAAUAACAAAUCCAAAGGUAACAACGAAUGACUCGAGAGAGAAUGAGGAGGAGAUAAAUAAUGAUUUAACGAUGGGGGAAGCAUCGUCAAUGAAUUUAGUAGCUAAUCUUAAUGUCAAUCUCAAUGUCAAUAUGAAUGUCAAUCAACCGAAGAAUCCGAGCCCAGCGACAAUCAGGGAGGAUAGGUUGAGAUUUCACGAGAGGGUUGGGGCACUGGUUAAAUUAUCAAAUAAUGCACGGACAGCUGAGAGACGAAGACCUCUUGAUGAAUUCAAUAAUGGGGUUGUUAUGACACACAGACCCCUCAGGGAUAACGAAUUAUUUGAGAUAAGAAUUGACAGACUGGUGGACAAAUGGUCUGGCAGUAUUGAAGUUGGAGUGACAACUCACAGUCCAACAGCUCUCGAAUUUCCAGCCACUAUGACAAAUAUGAGGUCUGGUACGACGAUGAUGUCAGGCUGUGGUAUUCUUACCAAUGGCAAGGGGAUACAGAGAGAGUAUGGAGAGAUAAAUUUGGAUGAACUGAGGGAGGGCGAUAGAGUAGGAAUGAUUAGGCGAAGCAAUGGGAAUCUCCAUUAUUUAAUCAACGGUUUGGAUCAAGGGGUGGCUGCCAAAAUUCCUCCCAAUGUCUGGGGAGUAGUAGAGUUAUACGGUAUGACCGUGAAAGUAACUAUCGUUGACAGGGACGAGAGAGAAGAACAAAAUCUAGUGACAAGACGAAACACUCUUCACCUGCAGGGACUGAGUGAAGUUGGAGAGGAUGAACCCCUGGACAGACUGACCUUUCAUCCAUGUUGUGGUACUCAUGCUGAUGUUAUCAACAACGGAAGAACUGCUCAUAGGCCCAAUGCUAUGGAUGACUUCAAUAAUGGUGUUGUUUUAACGUUGAGACCGUUGAGACCUAAUGAACUGUUUGAGGUAAGACUUGAUAAAAUUGUGACCAAGUGGGCUGGGUCAAUCGAAAUAGGGGUCACCACUCAUUCACCCACUGAACUGGAAUUCCCAUUCACCAUGACCAAUGUUAGAUCGGGUACCUGGAUCAUGACUGGAAAUGGAGUGAUGCAUAAUGGAACUUCUAUAAUAGAGCAGUAUGGACAAAAUUUAGAUCGUCUCCAAGUGGGUGACCGAGUUGGAGUUAUGAGAAAAGACAAUGGAGUUUUACAUUUUUUUGUCAACGGCGCAGACCAGGGGGCAGCUGCUGUUGGUGUUCCAGAGAAGGUGCACGGUGUAAUUGACCUUUAUGGACAAGCUACGCAAGCGACAAUUGUCGAUAAUACGGAUUUUUACAGUCCUACGACUAAUAACUCUAGCUUUAGUAACACUACACUUUACAGUGAUUUGAGGUUCCAUCACGUUCAUGGAAAGCACGCACGGAUAUCUAAUAAUGGCCUGACCGCCUCAAGAAUCAGGGCUCUUGGGGAAUUUAACGAAGCCAUUGUUAUUGCCAAUAGGCCUCUGAGGGAUGGGGAACUGUUUGAAGUGUCGAUUGAUAAAAUGGUGGGCAGGUGGAAUGGAGCGAUUGAAGCAGGUGUCACAGCUAUUCGACCGGACGAGCUAGAAUUUCCCUCCACCAUGACUGACAUUGAUCAUGACACAUGGAUGCUUUCGGGCUCCACAGUUAUGAGGGAUGGGGUAACAUUACGACAUCAUUACAAUUGCGAUCUAGACAAAUUAAUCGAGGGGAAUAGAAUAGGAAUGAUGAGGUGUGCAGAUUCUAGUCUUCAUUACUAUCUCGAUGGCAUUGAUCAGGGUACAGCCUGCACUGGGUUACCAGCUCAUGUUUAUCCGGUGAUUGAUCUGUAUGCGCAAUGCGCCCAAGUGACCAUUGUCCAGCCAGAGAGGAGGGAUACAAUGACUCAACAAUAUCUUCCUUCAGAAAAUAGUAUCAGUCAACAGCCAACGUCUAUAAUCCAGCCUCAAGCACAAUCAGAGAUAACUCACAAAUUUCAUGAAUCAGUUGGCCUCAACAUUCAGUUGAAUAAUGAUCGAAUUAUAGCAACUCGAUGCAGAGAGUACAAUCAUGCUGUUCUACUUAGUGAAUCAGCACUUGAAAACAACGAACUCUUUGAAAUCUCAAUUCAGGAGAUUGCCGGGGAAUGGAGUGGAUCGUUGAAAAUUGGAGUUGUAAAUAAUGAAAUCGGCCACUGGCUAACUACGAUGGAUCUCGUCCCAGGAAUGACAUCAAUUCCGGUAGAUGCUUGGUAUCUCACCGGCAAUGAAGUAAGACACAAGGGCCUUGUUUUACAUUCCAAUUACUGCCCCAGCCUCGAUUGGCUCAGAAUUGGUGACAAAAUUGGUAUGAAACGAAGCCACGAGGGGAGUUUAAAAUUUUACAUCAAUGGCGAAGAUAUGGGAGUGGCUGCACUCAAUAUGCCUGAAAUGAUUUUCGCCGUUAUCGAGCUUUUUGGUAGCACAGUAGCUGUCAGUAUCACUAGCAACAAACAGCAAGCGUGUGUAAUGUCUCCCAAUGCCAGUCUCAGGCUUCAAGAUUCAUUGGAACUUAUUCUUGAUCCAAUGCCACCAGUUAUGAGAAAUGAUUUGGGUAUGGAGACCUCGAUUGAAAUAUCAGAGGCCAAGUUAUCAGAGUUGCCAAACACACCUGUUCAGCUUGCGGUAUCAAGUAUUAUGGAGAUAGAUUUAGGAUAUGAGUUCCAUGAAAAUCACGGAAGGAAUGUGGAGUUGGAAGGAAGAACCAUUGCCAGAAGAGUGGCUAGUUAUAAUCAAGGCGUUGUUAUGUCCAGUAAGCCUCUUGUAAAAGGUAAAAUAUUCCAAGUGGAGGUUAAAAAGACUAAUGAUCGAUGGGUCUCUGGAAUUCUGUGUGGAGUAUCGUGUAUUUCUCCUGAAAAAGCUAGCUUCCCAUUGACUGCACUUGGCUUCAAGAAACACUCGUGGAUCAUUUGUAGUGAAUGGAUGUCAUACAACGGCACUAAAGUUAAAACUCGUUAUGGAGCUAAUCUGGAGAGCCUCCAGGUGGGCUCCACUAUUGGAUUACUCAUUGAUGAUGAGUCGAGACUUCAUCUCUUCAUCAAUAGCAUCGAUCAGGGAAUUGCAGUGACAGAUCUCCCACUUUAUGUUUACGCUAUAAUCGAUCUUUAUGGACAAAUUGAGGAGGUCUCUAUCAUGGGAUCUAUCACUGAUGCCGGGCCACUGUGCACUAAUAACGACGCCAUAAAUAUGGCAAUAGCAAGCAAUAUCGAGCAAAUGGGUGUGAUUGAAGUUGAUGAACCUGAGAAUUCCCGUGAGAAGGCUGAUUUAGAAUGUUAUGAGAAGGAAAAUGUCACAGUACUUCCGUCCAGUUCUUUUUUGAGUGUGAAAAAUUACGAUGAAACAUGUAGAAAUACUAGUGAGGCUGAAAUGAGUGGAAACUCAUCCAACAGCAAUAAUUAUCACAUCAAUGGAGAUGUUGGGAAGUCAUUGACGAGCAGUAUUCACUCGGAUAGUAAUAAUUCUGAUAUAGGCUCGGAAACAAAUAAUGAGACGCGUGAGGAUGCCCUGCUUCACUCUUCUAAUAUGAAGAAUAAUUUGGAAGUUUCUAAUGACAGUAACAAUAUAUCUAAUAAUGAGAUGGAGAAUGCUGAGGCUGCAAUUGACUCUAAUGCAUCGAGCUUGAAGAGUGAUUGUACAAAUGUAGAAUUAAAUAAUGCAACGAACAUUAAUAUCAGAAAUGGAUCAGCUGCUAGUUCAAGUAAUAUGUCAAGCCUUAGUACCGCGAUUCAAUCGACAAAUGCCAAUAAUGCGGUCAAUGAGAGUAUUGCCUCUAAUAAUCAAAUAAGUAAUAUCAUAGGACAUGAUAACUGUCAGGAUAAUUCCACGUGUAAUAAUCUUGCUGCUACAUCUAGUGUUUCUAAUGCAACGGUUAAUGGGCAAGAGCAGCCACAGGGGCAAAUGUCAAAGAGCAACAGUGCCAUUACACCCAAUCAAAUUAGUAUACCACAGAGCCCACAACCUUCUGUAACCCCUAGUAGAAUUUUCAGUUCACCGUCCAUACCGCAUAUUAAUUCUGCGGUUAUUAUUACAUCGGCAAAGCAGUGCGAGUACCUCAAGGCUUGUGGAAGACUGAAGAAAUCACUAGUACUGCCUGAUGAAUUUUUCUCACUCGAUGAGGUUGUUUGCUAUUGCAGUGGGUGCUAUAAGAUUGAUAGCGAUAGUCUCAUAUGCAAGAAGGGCGAACCACCUGCCGAAUUUGCUAUUCCUAUUGGAUGGGUCAAGUUUCCAUUGAAACAGAGCAUUAACGCUAAUCAGAUACCACAGAGUACAACUGAUAAAUGGCAUGUGGCCUUCUAUGGAAUUCGAUUGAAUGCCAUUAGAUGGAUUCUUGACAGAGGAGAAUUGCUAACAGUUGAGCAAUUGGACACAAGUAAUCUAAUGACGAUUAUCAACAGUGAAGGUCAGAAUCCCCAGGUGAUCUUUUCUCCCCGCAUAAAAUACGUAACUUCCGACGAAUGCAGUCGAAAAUAUCCAUAUAUAGACACCCAAUCUAACAAGAAACUCAAUGCCUCUACGGCAUUUCAACUUCUGGUACGGCCUGGAUCAUAUACAAUUGGCUCUGGAAAAGAUAGUAUCGAUGGCAUAGAAUCUACCGAGUGGGCGACAAAAGAGGCAGGGGCGACGGUAAUUGUUGCACUUCUGAUACACCUCAGUGAAUUUUAAUCAACCCCGGAUAGUCUAAAUGUACGGUAAUUCACGUCUAGCAGCAAAAUAUUAAAAAUUUUCUGAUUGCUUAAGUCACGUCUAGAUAAUUCAUUCUAAGUGAUAAAUUCAAGUGGACGACUAACUACAAAUAUAAAUUCAAUAUAUAUUUCUAUAUUAAACUGCGAGUGAAAAUGGAAUUUUUCUAUUAUUGCUUUCGUAUUUAACUGAGGGAUUAUUUAAUAUUUAUUUCGAAGAAAUUUAAAUGUGCUUUACUCUUUAAAUAUCAACAAAAAUUGCACCGCAGUUUGGAAAAAUCGUUGUUUUAAAAAAAAUAUAUUAAGAUCAUGAAUUAGUUUCACUACUGAAUUAAUGAUAUUUAUAAAUGCUGUACAUAAAAUGUCUAAUGUCUACCUAUCAAUUAAAUUUAUACACAUUUUUCUGUGAUAUUUUAUUGCAGCGUAUGCUCAUUAUUUAACAAUAAGAAUAUUGCUAAACCCACCGUGAUGCAUUUUUAAUAUUUUUUAUGCCUUGAGAGAUAUUUUCUUAUUUCUUGAUUGUUUUUUCUCUUUCGGCAAAGGGUAUCUAAGAGGGAGUUUAUACAAUUCUUUAUCAAGUCAUUAAUAUGAAUUCUAGUCAUCCUAUUUAUUUAUUUGUUCAUUUUUUUAAUUGACAAAUCGUGAUGCAUGGAGAACAUAUACUGAUACUCAAUAAACUGGCGACUAUUUUAUUUCAGUUGGUUAAUAAGCAAAAUGUGAUGAUGUUUAUCAUUUAUAAAUAACACUUAAAGUAAUGAAUGUGAUCCAUUGAACCACAUUACGACCAGAAAAAUAACCAUCCACUUGCACUUAAGGAUUUAGUUGAAACAAUCAUCGGAUAGAUUGAAUUUCAAAUGAAUUGUAGUCAUCUAAAGUCAUUAAAUUGAUAAUUGAGUAGUCAGCUGCACCGCUAGAUGUAGAAAUUGUACUAUGCCACGUGCCUGAAGAAGUCGAAUAGAUAUUGACAAUUACUCAGUUAAUACAUUUGUUCAGUAAUUUGUCAGUACUUAGGGGUAAAAUUGCUUUUAUUUGAUAAGAGAUCAAGUUGAGGAAUUAUAGAAAAUUAAAGAGGUUAUGUGUGUAACGAAACUUCAGGCUCUAGGAAUUAUUUUAGACUUCAUAUUGAUUACUGUAUUUAUUUACCUCACAUUAUUAUGGAAAUGAGUAUGUAUUUAUUUAUAAAUAAUGAUAACGUAAUUGAAGGGGUCGAGCUGAAUUGUUUAUGUAGGAUUGGAGGGGGUGAUGUGCGAAUGGUGAGAAUAAAAAAAUUAUAUUAAUUGUA